AUGCUGAGCCAGGCCAAAAGCCCCCCUCAGGCCAACCUUCGGGCCUGGCUUGGCCCGGCUUUUUUUGGCCUGGCUUGGCCUGGCUUCUGGCCUCAGGCCGAAGCUGGCACAUCACUAGAUAGGACGAGGAGAUGCUCUCCAAGAAAAUAUGCCACACAAUUAUCCACGAAGGUUUUUGUCUGGGAAUCGAACCCAAAUAUCGCGCGCUCCAGCCUCAAAGCGGGUGCAUACAUGGCCAAUGCACUAACAAGGCUGAACCGCCAGUCAUGGGUCAUCAACAGUCCAACAACAGUCGAUGGAGUCCCCGUUCUCGUAUGCACGAACAACGAAAUUACUACGGACAAGAUGUGGGAGGACAAUCCGGUGGUAUGGGAAAACGGAAAGGCUUCUGUUGUUUGA